AAGAUGGUUUCCAAGGGCUUUAAUUGUUCUGUUAUUGUACUUGUUUCUUGCUUGAUUUUAUCUCUUUCAGGGUUGUCGUUGGCCAAACGACAACCCUCCUGUCCGCUUGAAGUAGGUUACUAUCGACAUACUUGUCCCUCUGCUGAAGACAUUGUAAGAAAUGUUGUGUACAAUGCCAUUUCUCGCAAUGCAGGCAUAGCUGCUGGUCUUAUCAGGUUGCAUUUUCAUGACUGCUUCGUGAGGGGAUGUGAUGCAUCUGUGCUAUUGGAUGGACCAAAUUCAGAAAAGGAAAGCAUAGCGAACAAGAACAGUUUGCGAGGUUUUGAGGUGAUCGAUGCAGCUAAGAAGCAGCUCGAGGCUACAUGUCCAGGAACUGUCUCGUGUGCAGACAUUCUUGCCUUUGCAGCUCGCGACAGUUCCUACAAAGUUGGAAAAAUAAACUAUAAUGUCCAAGCAGGACGUCGUGAUGGACAUGUUUCCAUCAAAGACGAGGCCUUAUCCAAUCUCCCCUCUCCAUUUGUCGGUGUCAAGGAACUAAUCAAGGGUUUUGCAAGAAAAGGGAUGUCAGUUGAUGAAAUGGUAACACUCUCUGGUGCACAUUCUAUUGGUAUUGCUCAUUGUGCUGUUUUCGCGAAUCGUCUAUACCCUCAGAACAAGCAACAAAAUCUUCCAAUUGAUCGCGAAUAUGAAAGGACGUUGAAGUCUAUUUGUCCACCAGAAGCACUUACAAAUGGAACAGGAGUAGCUAAUCCUACUACUUUUGAUGUUAUAACACCAAACAAAUUGGAUAACAAAUACUACAUGGACUUAAAGAGUAAGAAGGGACUUUUAGUUUCUGAUCAAACAUUGAUGAGUAAUCCUAAAACUGCGAAAAUGGUGAACUUUAACGCGAAAUAUGGACGCGUGUGGGGUAAGAAAUUCGGAGAUGCAAUGGUGCAUAUGGGAACUUUAGACGUCCUUACAGGGUGGAAGGGUGAGAUCAGGAAGAACUGUCAUUUCGUGAACUAG